CUAAAAUCCCAACUGACAAUGUGAAAAGCUAGAAAUAUUUAAAACAAAUUCACUUUGACACGGCAACACGCGGUAAAAUGACGUCGGCGUCCGCUUGCCUGAUAAGCGACGCAAUGUUUGACAGAACCGCACUGUUAUUAUUUUCUCUACCACUUUUUUUAAGCUCGAGUCUGCUCAGAGGUAGCACGCCGACGCCGGUUGACAGUAAAGCUAAAGACGACGCUGAAUUGAACGCCCCCCCUACUCCGCGCGGCUCUGACAGAACAGCUUAUCCCUACCAAUUGGAGCAGCCAUUGCCAGUUGGCGGGAAAAUUUAUCCUAUGACAGCUGCCGAGGGUACUAACACACCCAAGAACAUGUCGCCCUACUCUUUGUGUCAACUGAAGACGGCUAAUUUCAGGGGCCUUAAUCACCUGGGUCCUUUGUCCAGGUUUAAAGAAAUUUUCGACAUUGAUGAAUCUAACAAAGGAUUAGGUUCUGAAGGGUAG